AUGGGUUUAUUCACAAAACCCUCUUCUCUUUUCUCUCUUCCUCUGUUUGUGAUCACAAUUUUUGGAGUUUUAGUGAUAGCCGCAACAGCUGCAGAUUACACAACUUUGGUUUUCAAGGGAUGUGCUGACCAAAAAUUUCAAGACCCAUCAGAGAUCUAUUCUCAAAACCUCAAAACCCUCUUGGAUUCUUUGGUUUCACAAUCUUCACAGAAAAACUUUUUCACAACAACAUCUGGUGACGGUCAAAAUGCCAUUAUGGGUCUAUACCAAUGCAGAGGGGAUCUCACUAACAACCCUUGCUAUGCCUGUGUGAGCAAAAUCCCAGACUUGAUUGACAAAUUUUGUGGCAAAGUCAUAGCAGCCAGGGUCCAACUUAGUGGGUGUUACCUUAAAUACGAGGUUGUUGGUUUUAAGCAGGUGUCAGAAACUGAGUUGCUAUACAAGGUUUGUGGGUCAAGUAAGGCGAGUGGAGCUGGGUUUGAGGAGAGGAGAGAUGCAGCUUUUGAAACUAUGGUGAAUGGUGUAAAGAAUGGUAGUAAUGGGUUGUUUUACACUGGAGAAUACCAGUCAGUGUUUGUUUUGGGGCAGUGUGAAGGGAAUUUGUCAAGUGGGGAUUGUGGAAAUUGUGUGAAUAGUGCUGUGCAGAGUGUGAAAAGUGAGUGUGGUGACUCAAUUUCUGGGCAACUGUAUCUGAACAAGUGCUAUCUUAGCUACAGCUACUACCCAAAUGGAGUGCCUAACAUUUCUUCCACUUCAGAUGUAGGGACAAAGCAACAUACGCAGAAGACAGUGGCCAUUGCAGUCGGAGGAGUGGCAGCUUUAGGGUUUGGAAUUGUUUGUUUGAUGUUUGUAAGGUCUAUCUUCAAUAAAAGACGUGGUAAGCAUGAAGAUAUUACAUCUUUUGGUGGUGUGGAUAGUGGGGAUGGGUUUGUUCAUAAGGAGGUAGUUGCGGUUUCGAGUGAUGUGAAGGUUUUGCCUAUUAGGUCUAAUUCGAAGAACAAACGAGAGAGGGAGGAAACGAUAAUGAUAGUGGUUAGUGGUCAUGGAUGUGAUGGCGAGGUGGUUGUUUGA